AGGUAUCUAAUAAAGAAUGGCUCAUCGUUUGACAUCUCAUCACAGAGCUCUGUUUUCCCCAAAGUACUUGUCUGGAACAUCAGCUCACAUCACAACAACAUCAUUUUUUAGAGCCCCAUUUGAUGUGAAGAAUAGUGAGGACUUUCAAAAAAGAGUUCUUGCCUCUACAAAGCCUGUCCUUGUGGACUUCCAUGCUGAGUAUGAAGGAAUUCUUUUUAAACUUUUCUCUGCUUAACUGGUUUUUCUUUUUGCUUUUCUGAACUCUCAUAGCUGUUUUUGGUGUUGCAUGUAGAAGCUUAUAACCAUAGGGUAUACCGACAAGAGAGAAUGAUAGGACAAAGAAGGAAACACCCAGUUGAGCCCUUGGGAUAUGUGAAUUUCCCAAAGUUAUUUUUAGACCAAUUAAAUGCUUGAAAUUAAUCAGAAGUUGGUUUUCUGGAGAGGUCUGCAAACGUGUGUUCAUUUUAGUCAAGAGAGAGUGAUGGGACAUUAUGCUUGCAGUCUAAUAAUUUUCUGGUAACAUGUACCUGCUAUGUUUUGACGACGGGCCCUAACGCCAAUUAAAAUCCCUCAAUUACAUGAUGUAGUGAUCUACGAAUAACAGCCAUCAAAUUAUUCUCCACACAUUCCAGGAAAAGUCACGUGGCCUCCAUACACGAUUAGCAACAGUGAAUCACAGACACCCCUUCUCCGAUUUUUACUGAGGGGAGAGGGGGUCUGUACACAGGCUAUCUCUCUUGAUACUGAUGAAAUAAUGUUGAAGAAGUAAAGUAACAAAGUUGCCUUUUUUAAGGGAGGUGUCAUGGUGGCAUACUAAAAUUUAUUCUAUGCUGGUUAUAAAAUUUACUACAGAUGUAUAAAAUCCCUUUGAUAAUAUCUAGACUGCUAGUAGGUGGCUGAAUCAUAAUUAAAAAAGCUUUCACAAAGUGAAAGUGCCAACCCCUGACUUUGAUUUGGAUGGAAAACUAGAUUCAAAAUCCUUCAAGUGGGACAAGGUGACCUCUCACAAAUGAAUCCCCACUUGAAUCACUUCGUACCCUCAUUAAGGCUUUAUAUGGUAACUGACAAAGUUUUACCCCUUUUCACUGACAAUAAGAGGUCAAUGUGGCACAAGUCUAGAGUGAAUACUGGGUGAAUCACUUAAACAAGCUUGUAGAUAAUAUAUUGUAGAAUAUUGCAGUUCCUAACAUCAACUGACAUUGUUUUCACUUGUUAUAGGUCACUUGAUUUUAAAAAUUUUUAUCGCCAGCUUCUAUAAUUUACAGCCUUUUCUUAUUAUUUUAUUAAUAAUGAGAUUGAAGGGUGCACAAAAAAUUUGUAUGACUUUGCAUCAAGCUCUUAAAAUUCUAAUUUUUUUCAGGUACUUUUUGUCCCAUUCUACUGAAUAUAAUUUUAGUUUAAAAAAAUUAUUCUAUUUUGUAGCUUUAAUGUUGUAAUUGUUCCAUUGUAUACCAAAACUAGGAGCACAUCACAGUUACCAGUUUGCUUUUUUGUGAUUUUUAUGACCUAUAGAAAAGUACAUAAAUUUUGUCUCUUUUUUUAGGUGGUGCCAUCCUUGCAAGUUGUUGGCCACAAAGUUAGAUGAUAUUGUUGGGCAAAAGAAUGGAUUGCUAGAACUGGCCAAAGUCGACAUAGAUAAUAAUGCUGAUUUAGCUCUUCAAUAUGAAGUGAGUAUCUUCAGAUAACCCCAGAGUGUACUCCCUACAUCAUAUGUGCCAACUCUCCCAGUUACUGCACUGAUCGCCAGUGCUUUUGACCUUUUUGGUGCUUUAGUUUGAAAUGUAGCCCAUUUUUUCUAAAAAUUCGAACUGUUUUUUUUUUUAUAUUUGUACUGUUUCUGGAACAUUUUUGCACGUAUAGGCACUGAAAAAGAUUAUUUCCUUAUUAUAAUGAUAAAAGAAAAUUUCGGUAGUAUGAACCUCAUGUAAGCUUCCCUAUAAUGUCCUAAGCCAUAGGUCAAUUUGUGGCUGGGGGGUUCGUUGACUUUCGAGGGUGGGGGAGGGUAGUGCAAAAGAGAGUGUCUCCAGUCUACGUUUCUGUAUAAUGGACUGUUACCACGGGAGUUCUUUGCACUAGUGUAAAGGAUGCUUUGCUCAGGUAUACAAAAUGGGAUAGAUUUUACCAGUCAAGGUUUUUAAAAGGGUUUACGAGAACUGAUUUGUGGGGAUCUUAUCUUCCAAAUAAUUCUGAAGACCCUACGGCUGAUCCAUUUUCAAAUGUAUUUUGAGCGGUGUUUGUCAUAGAAAAAAGUGAGUUGAAGUCGCCAAGGUAUAUUCAAAGAGAUCUUUAGAUUCAAGGAAGAGGUCGAGGUUUACCACAAGGACGAGAUUUAACUUGACGUUUUUGGAAUACUUAUAAGUAUAGACACCCCGGAAAGCUUCAUUGUUCUUUUUUUUUUUUCUCCAGAAAAGUUUAAGCACGGUUAUUUUUAUCGAAGGAGGUUAAGCCCUCUGCCGUCUGCAAAAUGAGAAAGUGCAAACUUCUAGCGUUUGAUAACUUGUUUCCGCCACUACGUCAUCUCGUAGUUAAGUGACGACGGCUAUCGCAUUUGCCUGCCAAAAAACUGGUUCACAUGCGCGCACUCACGCGCGUAGUAGUGCGCGCGCAGUGCUACGCGUAGUCGCACUCGUCUUAGUAUCUUAUAAAAAGUCUCUGUUAACGAAGUCGACGACGGCAGCUUCCAAAGGCAAUAGGUUUAAUAAGCAGAACACUAGCUCUGCACUUGCAUCGCUCUUUUUGGUGUAUUUCUUUACCCUGCUCAACUACGACGUGAUAUUUCCUAUUGCCACGUUCUACGUGGGCCGCGCACACGUUCCAAAGAAUACAGGUGCCGUAUCAUACAUGUAGGGGCUGUUGGCUGGUCCAGAGUUUCGAGGAUGUUGCUUUAGGGUUGGCUGUUAAUUACCGUUAGCAAAGGUUCGACUUUAUACGUGAAUGUUGACGUUUUCUUUCUUGGUUAGGUGACAGCGGUUCCCACUGUACUUGGCGUAAAAAAUGGAAAGAUUAUUGACUCGUUUCAAGGAGCAGUAGACACUGAACAGCUGAAGCGAUUUGUGGACAAGUUGUUACAAUAGAGAACACUGCAACUAUUGUGUGAACUUCGACAGUGCUUUCACUGCACCACGUGGAGAUAAAGACAUGUAAAAUGCUGGUCUGGUUUUAAGUUCUUUAUAUGUAAAUAAAGUGAGGAAUGAACUCAAGAUUGAAAUACUGUAGCCUGAG